UUGGAAAUUUAAUAGGAAUGCUAAAGCGGCUUUUAUUAAUUUUGAAGUAAUUCAUGAAAUUCAUGUAUCAAUUUGCAUGUACAAAUUAAAAAAACUUUAAUUAUUAUAAAAAAGAUACAUAAGAGAGCUGUAUUUUUUAAAUAUAUUUAUUAACUUUUAACUAAAUAUUAAAUGGAAUCGGUAUUAGAUGAUUUGGAAGCGGCGAUUUCCAUAAAUGAAAACGAUGUCAGUCAUCCUGCGGAUCCAGCGUCACCUACAGUUCCAAUUCAAGUGAAAAAUGAACCUGAUACGCCAAAUACAGCUGAAACAGAUGACGAAAGGAUUAUAUUAACGUUAGAAUCCUUGCAUUAUUCAACCGAAUCCACAGAAUCCGCCAAAAAACUUCAAGAAAAUCAGAAAGCAUUAGAAAAACUGGACAAACUUUUGCAAACAAACAAUAUUACCAGAAAGAAAAUAGCAAAAUCGGGGAAUGGCGGAAAAAAUUCAAAUGCAUCUCUUGUUACAGUUAAGACUGUGUCAGAAAAAAAGGCUCCUCGAAUUUUGAACGCAACAUUGGCAAAAUCACCAAACCCUGACAGUAAGAGAUUGCUAAAUAAUAUUGGUAAAUCAAUACCAAGCGAAGCAGAUUUAUUGGCUAUAUUAGAAGGAAAUAAUCAAGAUGAAGAAACAGAAGUGGACGUGAAGGUUAUUGAAGAUACGGGAAAUAAAAAAACUGUAACAACAGUUUUGUUAAGCAAAAACCAAGAACUUAAAAUAGCUGCUGAUCAAAUGAAAGAAAUAUCGAGAAAGUCUAAUUUUAAGCUAAACAUGGGCAAUACAACAAAUACAAAUGAAGUUACUAGCAGUACGAAUGAACUUAUAAACGCAAUUGUGUCGGAAUGGAGCGAUAAUGAACGUGAAAUUUCGGAGGAAAAAAUUGAAAUGACAUUAAUACCUAAACAAGGUCUGAAACAAAAUAUCAAAAAGAGAAAAUUGGAACCUAAAGUAGUUGUAGUCUCUGCACCAGCAAACUCUAAUGAGGAUCAGGUAGAAGUCGAAAAUAUUGAUAUUAAAGUAGAAAAACCAGAGCUAACAACUGGUAUUGCACCGUUUAAGCGAUCUAGAAUUAUUAAAAAAAAAAUUAUCUGGGAUCCUGAUGCACCGGAAACUCAAUUUUCUUAUGCCAGUUUAAUAAAACCGAAAACUAAACAAAAUACAACUAAAAGGGUUGCGUCAAAAGGGGCAGUUACUGGAUCCGUUAAUAAAUUAGAAAACAGAUCAUUUACAAAAAAAGCAACUGAAAAAAAAACAACGCUUUCUGGAAGAAAACGAAAAGAAGUCAGUCCUGAUAAGUUAGGAAAUGACAAACUUGAAGAAGCAUUAAAUGAAAUUCUUUCUGAGGAAAUUGAUUCUACAAUUAAAUCUAGUACAAAGGACUCAGUGAUUUCUCCAGUUAAAUCAAAAGAGAUUCCUCAAGCUAAAAAGCCGCGGAUGACAAAAGCAAAGCAAGCGGGAUCAACGUCAUCAUCAUGGGAUUAUAUUAAUAAAGGGCGGUCUGACGAAAUGAUGAUUAUAAGACGUCGAUCUUCUUCUUACUCAAGUACUGCUAGUCAAAGACGUGUCAGCGGGGAACUACAACAGCAACUUCAAAGAAAUAGCUCCCCGAAAUCUAUAAAAAUUUCAAAAAAGGUUACAGCAGAACAACUUAAAGCUUUUGCAACCAAGAAAAGAAAGCAAGAAAUUCAAUUAAAGAAAGUAACAGCUACGACUAUAGAAAAUUCAGAAAAUUCUGUAAAAGUUUUGCCAGUUGUGAAAAAAUUAUCUAUUGCAGAGACAAAGAAAUUGGCUCCCCCAUCCCCUACGUUGCAACCUACAAGCGUUACUAAAAAGUUAAACAAACAAAUGUCUGCAUCCGAUGCCGAUAAAGUUCUUGUUUCAUCAAGUACAAAUUUAAAACCUCAAAAAGUUGAAAAAAAAAUUAUAAAAGUUUCCGAAGAUAAACCAAAGCCUGAGAUUGAAGUAAUUUUAAAAAGAUCGGAUUCAGUUGUUAAUUUUAUAAUUGAUUUGAAAACUGAUAACGCUACUAAUACUUUCAACAUAGAAUUCAUAAAGAAAUUUGUUUCAACUUUGGAGCAUUUAAAAAAAGAUAAUACGUGCAAAAUUGUUGUUGUUACGUCUAAAGGAGCUCACUUUUGUCAGGGUAUUGACUUUAGCUGUUUGGUAACACCUUCACUUGAAAAACGAAAAGUUAUUGCUAAUGAAUUAGCUAAGAAUGUUAAAUUGUUAUUUGAAGCGUUAAUUAAUUUUAAUAAACCAAUAAUUGCCGCUGUAGGUGGACUUGUUUCAAAUUUAGGUGUUACUAUGUUACCUCUGUUUGAUUUUGUAUUCGCAAGCGAUAAAUGUGCCUUUGAAAUGACAUAUUCAAAAAUUGGACAAAUUCCAGAAGGAAAUUGUAUUUUAAAUACGAUAAAUAUGGAUAAAAAAUAUAAAAUGAAGCUAAUAUAUCUGGCAGAGAAAUUGACUGCCAGUGAAGCACUUUCAGCAGGAUUAUUAUCUGUAAUAUUCCCGGUACAAAGAUUUGAAGCAGAAGCUAUAAACACCGCAACAAAGAUGGCUUCAUUGUCACAACAAGCAUAUAAAAGUAUGAAACAAUCAUGUAUAAAAACCUUUACAAAUGAAACUUUUACAAGAUUAUUUGAAGAAGAAUUCAAAUGUUUGGUUGACCAUUAUAUUAGCGCUGAAUGCCAAGAAAAAUUUAAAGAAUUAAUGAAAAAAUAAUUUCAAUCCAUAUGAAUUUUUGUUUAGUUUCCUUUACAUUUUAAAACUUGAAUUAAACUAUAAAUAUUUUCAAAAAGUUCGAAUUUUUCUUUUCAGUAUGUUUUAUAACUUAGAUGAAAUU